ACAUCUUUAUAGCAUUAUUGUUGUAUGAUAGUUCCAGACCUCGUCUUCUCUUCAUCUCCUCCGUUCCCAAAUCCAACUUCCCAUGAUGAAGAGACCCAAGCUCGAUUGAGAGUUCGAGACCCAUAAUUAUCUGUUUUCGUCUCCAUAAGCAAGCACCCAUAAUCGAUGGAAGUCGACCUCGACCUCGACCCCCAAUUCAAGCAUCCAUAAUCGAUGGAACCCAUAAUCAAUUCAUCCCCAUAAUCAUGAGACCCAUUCAAUUGAGGGACAGAGCUAAAUACAUACAAGGGGACUUUCGAUUCAGACGCGUAUUAAGCAUGAAGAAUGCCAGGAAACUAAUGAAGACAUUGGUUGAGAAAGAAAUGAGGAAUCUGAAGAGGAUAAACGAUGCAAGAAUCAGAUGCCCUAUUGUACAUGACAAAAAACUUCAUGUACUUGUCAUGGAUUUCAUAGGUAAGGUAGGAUAUGCAGUACCUCUUCUGAACGAUGUUGCAUUAUCAAUAGACAAGCUGCGAGAAGGUUACAGGGAGUAAAGAAGUUGACUUGGUGGCUGCAUAACUUGUAUUCAUGGAGGCUGGAGAGUGUCACAGUAGUCCACAUAACUUGAUUUCAAUUUACAAGCUUAUUUUUAAUUUUUAUGUUAUCUUUUGCAACUUUGUUUUGUUGUUUUGUAAUUUGCUAUGCUUUCUUGACUAUUGAUGAGUUUAGUACUAUGGUUUGUAUAUUGCCAAUAUCAUCAAGAAGCAU